AUUUACAAUGGCUUAAGGUUGGAAAAGAAAAGAACAAUUUCGGUAAUAUUUUUAUUACAAAUAAUGUAUUAAAAUAACGUUAAUCGAAUUAAAUCAGAUCAUCAGCAGUAAUAAUAUUACAUAAUAAUCAUUAUAACACAAGCAACUCAUAUUGAUAAGAUUCAUUCCUGAUUCAUUCACAUACUUAGUAACGACCAAGGUCAUUCUCAUAGACGGAACAAAACUAUUUUCGUAAUUCGGCUUUACUGUACCUACUUUGUGUGAUUUUGAUUUGUGCUGAAUGUGUUUAUAUACAAUGGGUAAAUUUUUGAUGAAACGUCUCCCUAUUGAACUAGAGAGGUCAAUAAUUAUUCAUAAUGUCAUGCGAUAUUCGUCGUCAUCAAGCAAGCCUUUUGAAUCUAUACCUGGUCUAUCGUCCUUGCCCAUCAUAGGCCCCAUUCAUCAUUUUAUUCCAGGAAUUGGCUCAGUGGGACUUCGUGCGAGUUUUUUCGAGCUAUCGAAAGUUUUGUUUGAGAAAUAUGGAUCAAUAGUUAAAUUAGAUGGUUUAUUAGCAAGAGCAUCUAUGGUUAUUUUGUAUGAACCUGACCAUUUUGAACAGAUUUAUAGGUCCGAAGAUUCAGUAGCACCAUCCCGACCUGGAUUUGACACAUUAGUAUAUUACAGAACAAAAUUAAGAAAGUCCACUUAUGACGGUGUUUAUGGAUUAACCACUGCGGAAGGUAUGCAAUGGCGUGAUUUUCGAACUAAAGUAAACCCAGCGUUAUUGAAGCCUAAAUUAGUUAAACUUUAUACUCCAGUUUUAGAGGAAAUCGCUAAGGAUAUGGUUGCAAGGCUGACCAUGCUCAAAAAUGACACUUAUUUGCAAGAAAACCUGGAUUUGGAAAUUACGAAAUGGUCAUUAGAAUCCAUCGCUGUCAUUGGCCUAGGGUCUAGACUUGGCUGCUUGGAGGACAACCUUUCAGAAGACCACCCAGCGCGCAUUCUCAUAAAAUGUUCUCAAGACAUUAUAAAUCUUUCUUGGAAAUUAGAAUUCUUUCCGAGUUUAUGGAAAUAUUAUCCUACAUCGAAUUACAAGAAAAUAAUCAAAACUUUUGAUUUACAAUGGGACACAAGUGCUAAAUUUAUCGAAGAAGCUAGAAGAAUAAUAAAUGGAAGAGAACAUAAUAUUCCAGAAGAAGAUAAAAGUAUAAUUGAGAAGUUAUUAGAUAUUGAUGAUAGAGUUGCUACGAUGAUGGCAAACGAGAUGCUAUUAGCGGGAAUUGAUACGGUUGCUUUCACAACGGUCGCUCUUUUAUACAAUUUGGCGACAAACCCAAAAGUCCAGGAUAAAUUGCGAGAAGAAAUACGAUUACCAGAACCAAAAAACCGAUAUCUAAAAGCCUGUCUUAAAGAAUCGCUGAGAUUGUACCCGGUGAUACCGGCGAAUUUGCGCAGAACUACAAAAGAUCACUUUGUUGCCGGAUAUCAUAUACCUAAAGGUGUAGAUGUGAUAGCACCAAAUGAGUUUCUAUCAAGAAUGGACAAAAACUAUCCUCGGGCUUCGGAAUUUAUUCCAGAAAGAUGGUUGGUGGAAAAGUCAGAUCCUAUAUAUUAUGGAAACUGUCAUCCGAUGGUCACAUUACCGUUUGGAUUUGGCGUACGAUCUUGCAUCGGAAGACGAAUUGCCGAGUUGGAGAUCGAAGUUUUUAUAAAAAGACUUUUGAAUGACGUUAAAGUUACUUGGGAGGGUCCACCUGUGCAAGUGAUUUCCAGAGUUAUGAACUCAUUUAAGAAACCAUAUUAUUUUAAAUUUGAGACUGCCCAUUAAGAAGGCUUAUUACAAAUCAGACAAUACUACAUAUGUGUAUAUCCUCUCUUACCAGCUAUCAAGCGCAAAUCAGUAGGCCUAAGAUGCGACCAAAUGACGUAUCUCGUAAAGGGUUAUAGACCCAUAGCCGUGCAACCGGAAAUAUCGCUAUUUUUUUUGUUGCGUUGGGACAAAAUAGAUGGGAAUAGGGCCAGUCCGCCGCCAUUGGUAGACAUUUUGUCUAUUUCCCUUCAUGUGUUAUGUUUUUGGUCGUACUAGGCAUACUGGAGGACUACGAUGCGCGCCUUAACAUAUCUCGUGAAUAGAACAUAUGGUCGAUCAAUAGUGGCCAAACCGGAAAUAUCGCUCUCUCUAUCGUCCUAUCGCAAUGAAAGAGAUUGAGAUAUUCCUUAUUCAGAGCUAUUAAUGUAAUUUUGUCUUCAAGAGAUAUUUUGUGUCGCCUACUGUGCGUAUUACAGUCACUUUAGACUCUUAUUUUAAGAUUUUUAUAGUAUCUUAUACUUUUUAAAAUGUAAUAAUUUCAUUUACCACUUACAUUUAAGUUAAGAAAUUGUAAAGCUUAAAGAUUAAAUAGUUAAUAAAUAUCAAUACAUUAUGCUGAUUUUUAAAAUUAUCUCGAGUUGUAGUUUUAUAUUCAAAAA